AUGGCAGAAGUUUCGCGGGUGCUCUCCCUGCUGAGGGAAGAGACCUCCAUUGCUGACGAGGUGCUCGGUGCCCUCGCUAGAUGUCAAAGCGGGACCAAACUCGACGCAAACGCGCGGGCGGCGAUACGAAAAGCCCUGGUUCUUCUGAAUGGGAAGGAGGCAAAGCUGACCAAGGCUAGCGAAGCACUACGCGAGCAUCAACAGCUGCACGCGGAGGUUGAGUCCCUCCGGCAAGAAGUGAGGUACGGGGAGCAGCAAGUUCAAGACUGCGCCCGAAAGCUCACGGAGGCCGAUGCAGCGCUUCGAGGACCUCUGAGGGACGCCAAGCGCUUGCUGGAGGCAGGCCGAAAAGCGGAAGCUGCGGAGAUCGACGUCAGAGACAUCGUAGACUAUGCUCAACGCAUCAGCGGCAUCACCUCCGCCCCGGCGUACUGGAAGCCUGGGAUGGCGAUGGUGGGAUUCGCACCUCCCGCGCCACGGCCGGAGAUGAUGCGCGCCGGAGCUCUCAGCGCAUUUGCCGUCUCUCCAGGCACCUCCUCGCUGUCGCUCCCCGAGCUCUUGACGCUAGCGCGCGACCUGGACAGGCCCCCAGAUCAAACGGGCGCCGCCGGGGCCGCUGGGGGCCCCGCGGGCGGCAGUGGAGCUGCGGGAAGCGAUAGUACUAGCAGUAGCAAUAGCAGCAGCCCAUCUGGCGACGGCCGAAAUCGAAAGGACGAGCCGGGCAGUACAGGUGGCGGGGAAGGGUCGCCGAAGAGAAGAGGGGUGAAGCGGCCGGCGGGGGCGGGCGAGGAUAGUGGCGGUAGUCCCGAUGGCGGCGGCGGCGGCGGCGGCGGCGGCGGCGGCAGCAGCGGGAAGGGGAAGUCGUCGAAGGCGUCGGCGUCGGCGUCGGGGGGGAGCUUUGCGAGACCGACCCCACCGAAGCGGCCCAAGAUUUCGCUCGAUCUCGAUGAUUUGGAUAGUGAUGAUGAUGAUGACAGCGGUAGCAGUGGUGACGAAGAGUGA